AUGAUUCAUGGCCCAUGUGGCAUACUGAAUCCAAAUUCUACCUGCAUGAAAGAUGGGGUGUGCAGCAAAAAUUAUCCUAAAGAAUUUAAUGCCAACACAGUAGUAGUUCAUAAUGGUUAUCCUCGCUAUAGGCGUCGUGAUAAUGGUUUGGUUAUCAAUAUUAAAGGCAACAAUGUAGAUAACCGCUGGGUGGUACCUUACAAUCCAUGGUUAUCAAAGAAAUAUCAAGCCCACAUUAAUGUUGAAGCUUGCAUGUCUGUUAAGGCUGUUAAAUAUUUGUACAAAUACAUAUACAAGGGUCACGACUGUGCCAAUAUUUUGAUAAAUGAACAAAUUAAUCAUGAUGAAGUAAACACUUUUUUAGACUGUCGUUAUGUUAGUGCACCUGAAGCAUUGUGGCGAAUUUUUGAGUAUCCCAUAAGUCCUAUGUCACACACUAUUAUCCGUCUUAAAGUUCAUCUUCCUGAGAAUCAAUUAGUGUAUUUUAGAGAAGGAGCAGAACAAAUGGCUUUAGAUCGUGCAGCUCAACGUGAUACACACCUUACAGCAUGGUUCAAGUUAAAUUCUGAAAAUGAAAGAGCACAUUGCUAUUCAUAUGUAGACAUUCCUUAUCAUUUUAUAUUUGAUGAUAAGCUUUGCAAAUGGAAGGUUAGACAAAGAGGUGGUAAUAAGGUGAUAGUAAGAAUGUAUAAAGUUAAUCCAAGUGGAGAAUUAUUUUUUCUUAGGCUGUUACUUUUGCAUGCAAAAGGAGCCAAGUCUUUGGUGGAUGUGCGUACUGUUAAUGGUAUUUCGUGA